GAGCGCGGAGCGGCCGGAGCGGAUAAGGGGGGGCUCCGGCCGGGGGCUCCGUGAGGGGCUCUGGGGGGGGGCGCUCCCCUCGGAAGUCCCGGGUGGGGUUUAAUUAACCCCCCCAAACGGUGAAAAGGUUUAUUUUGAGCAGCCGGAGCGGCCCCAGGCCGCGAACCCCCCCCCAAGCGGCGCCAUGCACGGCGGACCGCCCUCGGGCGACAGCGCCUGCCCGCUGCGCACCAUCAAACGGGUCCAGUUCGGCAUCCUCAGCCCCGAUGAGAUGAAACGGAUGUCGGUGACCGAGGGGGGCAUCAAAUACCCCGAGACCACCGAGGGGGGACGCCCCAAACUGGGGGGGCUCAUGGACCCCCGGCAGGGCGUCAUCGAGAGGACGGGGCGCUGCCAGACCUGUGCUGGGAACAUGACGGAGUGCCCGGGCCACUUUGGGCACAUCGAGCUGGCCAAGCCCGUGUUCCACGUCGGCUUCCUGGGCAAGACCAUGAAGAUCCUGCGCUGUGUCUGCUUCUUCUGCUCCAAACUGCUCGUGGACUCGAACAACCCCAAGAUCAAGGACAUCCUGGGCAAGUCCAAGGGGCAGCCCAAGAAGAGACUGACCCACGUGUACGACCUGUGCAAGGGCAAGAACAUCUGCGAGGGGGGCGAGGAGAUGGACCACAAGUUCGGGGUGGAGCAACCCGAGGGCGACGAGGACCUCACCAAGGAGAAGGGCCACGGGGGGUGCGGGCGGUACCAGCCGCGGAUCCGGCGCUCGGGGCUGGAGCUUUAUGCCGAGUGGAAACACGUCAACGAGGACUCCCAGGAGAAGAAGAUCCUGCUGAGCCCCGAGCGGGUGCAUGAGAUCUUCAAGCGCAUCUCGGACGAGGAGUGUUUCGUGCUGGGCAUGGACCCCAAGUUCGCCCGCCCCGAGUGGAUGGUCUGCACCGUGCUGCCCGUGCCCCCCCUGUCCGUGCGCCCCGCCGUGGUCAUGCAGGGCUCUGCCCGCAACCAGGACGACCUGACCCACAAACUGGCCGACAUCGUCAAGAUCAACAACCAGCUGCGGCGCAACGAGCAGAACGGGGCGGCCGCCCACGUCAUCGCCGAGGACGUCAAACUGCUGCAGUUCCACGUGGCCACCAUGGUGGACAACGAGCUGCCCGGCCUGCCACGGGCCAUGCAGAAGUCGGGGCGGCCCCUGAAGUCCCUGAAGCAGCGGCUGAAGGGGAAGGAGGGCCGGGUGAGGGGCAACCUCAUGGGCAAGAGGGUGGAUUUCUCGGCCCGCACCGUCAUCACCCCCGACCCCAACCUGGCCAUCGACCAAGUGGGGGUCCCGCGGUCCAUCGCUGCCAACAUGACCUUUGCUGAGAUCGUCACCCCCUUCAACAUCGACAGGCUGCAGGAGCUGGUGAGGAGGGGGAACAGUCAGUACCCGGGGGCCAAGUACAUCAUCAGGGACAACGGGGACAGGAUCGACCUGCGCUUCCACCCCAAGCCCAGCGACCUCCACCUGCAGAUUGGGUACAAGGUGGAGCGUCACAUGUGCGACGGGGACAUCGUGAUCUUCAACCGGCAGCCGACGCUGCACAAAAUGUCCAUGAUGGGCCACAGGGUGAGGAUCCUGCCCUGGUCCACCUUCCGCCUCAACCUCAGUGUGACCACCCCGUACAACGCCGACUUCGACGGGGACGAGAUGAACCUGCACCUUCCGCAGUCCCUGGAGACGCGGGCGGAGAUCCAGGAGCUGGCCAUGGUGCCCCGGAUGAUCGUCACCCCCCAGAGCAACCGGCCCGUCAUGGGCAUCGUGCAGGACACGCUCACCGCCGUGCGCAAGUUCACCAAGAGGGACGUCUUCCUAGAGAGGGGGGAGGUGAUGAACCUGCUGAUGUUCCUGUCCACGUGGGACGGGAAGGUGCCCCAACCCGCCAUCCUGAAGCCGCGCCCGCUCUGGACCGGGAAGCAAAUCUUCUCCCUCAUCAUCCCCGGGCACAUCAACUGCAUCCGCACCCACAGCACCCACCCCGACGACGAGGACAGCGGGCCCUACAAACACAUCUCCCCCGGGGACACCAAGGUGAUUGUGGAGAACGGGGAGCUGAUCAUGGGCAUCCUGUGCAAGAAGUCCUUGGGCACCUCGGCCGGGUCCCUGGUGCACAUCUCCUACCUGGAGAUGGGCCACGACACCACCCGGCUCUUCUACAGCAACAUCCAGACCGUCAUCAACAACUGGCUGCUCAUCGAGGGUCACACCAUCGGGAUCGGGGACUCCAUCGCCGACGCCAAGACCUACCAGGACAUCCAGAACACCAUCAAGAAGGCCAAGCAGGAUGUCAUUGAGGUGAUCGAGAAGGCCCACAACAACGAGCUGGAGCCCACCCCGGGGAACACCCUGCGCCAGACCUUCGAGAACCAGGUGAACCGGAUCCUCAACGACGCCCGCGACAAGACCGGCUCCUCCGCCCAGAAAUCCCUCUCCGAGUACAACAACUUCAAGUCCAUGGUGGUCUCGGGCGCCAAAGGCUCCAAGAUCAACAUCUCCCAGGUGAUCGCGGUGGUGGGGCAGCAGAACGUGGAGGGGAAGCGGAUCCCGUUCGGGUUCAAGCACAGGACCCUCCCCCACUUCAUCAAGGACGAUUACGGCCCCGAGAGCCGCGGCUUCGUGGAGAAUUCCUACCUGGCCGGGCUCACCCCCACGGAGUUCUUCUUCCACGCCAUGGGGGGCAGGGAGGGGCUCAUCGACACCGCCGUGAAGACGGCGGAGACGGGGUACAUCCAGCGGCGGCUGAUCAAGUCCAUGGAGUCGGUGAUGGUGAAAUACGACGCGACCGUCCGGAACUCCAUCAACCAGGUGGUGCAGCUGCGCUACGGCGAGGACGGGCUGGCCGGGGAGAGCGUCGAGUUCCAGAACCUGGCCACCCUCAAACCCUCCAACAAGGCCUUCGAGAAGAAGUUCAAGUUCGACUACACGAACGAGCGGGCGCUGCGCCGGACGCUGCAGGAGGAGCUGGUCAAGGACAUCCUGUCCAACGCCCACAUCCAGAACGAGCUGGAGCGGGAAUUCGACCGGAUGCGCGAGGACAGGGAGGUGCUCAGGGUCAUCUUCCCCACCGGAGACAGCAAGGUGGUGCUCCCCUGUAACCUGCUGAGGAUGAUCUGGAACGCUCAGAAGAUUUUCCACAUCAACUCCCGCCUGCCCUCGGACCUGCACCCCGUCAAGGUGGUGGAGGGGGUGAAGGAGCUGAGCCGUAAGCUGGUGAUCGUGAACGGGGAGGACCCUCUGAGCCGGCAGGCGCAGGAGAACGCGACGCUGCUCUUCAACAUCCACCUGCGCUCCACCCUCUGCAGCCGCCGCAUGGUCGAGGAGUUCCGGCUCAGCGGGGAGGCCUUCGAGUGGCUGCUGGGCGAGAUCGAGUCCAAGUUCAACCAGGCCAUCGCUCACCCCGGGGAGAUGGUGGGCGCCCUGGCCGCGCAGUCUCUGGGGGAACCGGCCACGCAGAUGACCCUGAACACCUUCCACUACGCGGGGGUGUCGGCCAAGAACGUCACCCUGGGCGUGCCCCGGCUCAAGGAGCUCAUCAACAUCUCCAAGAAGCCCAAGACGCCGUCGCUCACCGUGUUCCUGCUGGGCCAGAGCGCCCGCGACGCUGAGAGGGCCAAGGACAUCCUGUGCCGCCUGGAGCACACGACGCUGCGCAAGGUGACGGCCAACACCGCCAUCUACUACGACCCCAACCCUCAGAGCACGGUGGUGGCCGAGGACCAGGAGUGGGUCAACGUCUACUACGAGAUGCCCGACUUCGACGUGAGCCGCAUCUCGCCCUGGCUGCUGCGCGUCGAGCUCGACCGCAAGCACAUGACCGACCGCAAGCUCACCAUGGAGCAGAUCGCCGAGAAGAUCAACGCCGGCUUUGGGGACGACCUGAACUGCAUCUUCAACGACGACAACGCGGAGAAGUUGGUGCUGCGCAUCCGCAUCAUGAACAGCGACGAGAACAAGAUGCAGGAGGAGGAGGAGGUGGUGGAUAAGAUGGACGACGACGUGUUCCUGCGCUGCAUCGAGUCCAACAUGCUCACGGACAUGACCCUGCAGGGCAUCGAGCAGAUCAGCAAGGUGGGGGCACCUGGGGGG